CUUAUAAGAACACAACAACAUCGUUUUCAUCGACUCAGUUCCGAGGCUUCUUCUACAGCUCCAUUUUCUUCCCAUUAUCUAAUCCAUUCCAACAAAGAAAUCCCAUUUUUGCUUUUUGCAUUUCCUCUUGGUACUCACUCCUUUCUCUCUCACAUUGAUCACUUUUGUUGGCAAAAGGUCUAGGUGCUCUGCCAUAUUUUUCAUUGAUUCAAGAUGGCAACAACAGCUUCUAACUUGCCAAUAUUGAUGUCAAGACCCAAGAUUCGUUCAUCACAGAGGUUUGCAAAUGUAGGACCUGCAAUUCUUGGAGGAAGGUUUAAGGUUGGCUCAUGUGAUAAGCUCACAAGUGUUUGUCAUGUUGCGUCAGCACAACCCUUCCAGCAAGGUGUGAAAAUGACAUCAUGUGCCAUAAAAUAUGACACAAUCAUAACAAAGGCUAUGUCUGAGUCUAGUUCAAACAAUCAAGUUGCUGGAUUGCCGAUUGAUUUGAAAGGUAAAAGGGCUUUCAUUGCUGGUGUGGCUGAUGACAAUGGAUAUGGCUGGGCAAUAGCAAAAUCUCUUGCAGCGGCAGGAGCUGAAAUUCUUGUUGGUACAUGGGUACCUGCUUUAAAUAUAUUUGAAUCCAGUCUACGACGUGGAAAAUUUGACGAGUCACGCAUAUUACAAGAUGGUUCAUUAAUGGAGAUUAGUAAAGUGUAUCCAUUGGAUGCUGUUUAUGACAAUCUUGAAGACGUCCCAGAAGAUGUAAAAUCUAACAAGCGCUAUGCUGGAGCCUCUAAUUGGACAGUACAGGAAGUUGCUGAAUCUGUCAAGAAAGAUUUUGGCACUAUCGAUAUACUUGUGCACUCACUUGCUAAUGGACCAGAGGUCAGCAAACCAUUGUCUGAGACAUCUCGAAAAGGAUAUCUUGCUGCCUUGUCUGCAUCUAGUUACUCUUAUAUUUCUUUACUCAAACACUUUCUCCCAAUCAUGAACCCAGAUGGAUCUGCACUCUCUCUUACAUACAUAGCUUCAGAGAGGAUCAUUCCAGGAUAUGGUGGCGGUAUGAGUUCUGCAAAAGCUGCUUUGGAAAGUGAUACAAGAGUGCUUGCUUUUGAAGCUGGUAGAAAGAAAAGAGUCAGAGUUAAUACUAUAUCUGCAGGUCCACUGGGAAGCCGUGCGGCAAAAGCAAUUGGUUUCAUUGAUAUGAUGAUUGAUUAUUCAUUUACCAAUGCACCAUUGCAGAAAGAACUACAUGCAGAGGAAGUGGGGAACACUGCUGCAUUCUUGGCAUCACCCUUGGCGUCGGCUAUUACAGGCGCUGUUAUAUACGUUGACAAUGGAUUAAACGCCAUGGGUGUUGGAGUUGACAGUCCAGUAUUUAAGGAUCUUGACAUUCCCAAGGACAACCAUUGAAAUUGUCCUUGAAGUGAUUUCUUUUUUUCAACUUCAUCAAAAGACCAUGCAGCCUAGGAUGAUGAGAAAAAACUGAGGAGAUAGUUCUUACAUUUUCAUAACUUAGUAAGUGAUUGUUUCAACUUUAUUUCCAUUGUUUUUUAAUCAUUUUGAAAGAAUCCAGACUUGGGAAAUUGAAAAAUUAUUUGCAAAACUGUUUGGAUCUUAAAUAAAAGGUAAAUGGCUUU